UAUAAUCUCAUCAAAAAAUUGUAGAUCUUGGUCUAGCGUAAACUAGAUUAAUUAAUCCGAUAAGCUAGCUGCAUCCAGUCUAGAUCUUACGAUCUAGUCUUAUAAUGAUAAUCAAAACUAAUAAAAUGUGCUGAAUCCUGAAUAAACUAGGGUUAGAUCACCAGAUCUAUAAGUGGAUUUAUUUCAAUGGCUCCAAAAGAGACCAGUGACUGUGUUGUUACAGUAACUAUUGAACUUGGACAUCAGGCCAACUAUUUGAAAGAACCAUCUCCAGAAGGAUUUACUCAUGACUGGACUGUAUUUGUACGGGGCUUUGAAGGCAGUAGAAUUGAGGCUUUUGUUGAAAGGGUGGUUUUCAGGCUUCAUAAGACAUUUAAACUUCCUUUGAGGACAAUAUGUGAGCCACCAUUUAAAGUGACUGAAUCGGGUUAUGCUGGAUUUUUACUGCCCAUAGAAAUCCAUUUCAAGAAUAAGCAGAGCCCAAGAAAAAUAGUAUUUUCUUAUGACUUAUUUCUCAAUGCAAAAGACAGCCCACCAAUAAAUAAUGUCCGUUAUGAGAAGCUAAAAUUUCAAAAUCCAACACCAGAAUUUAAGGCUAAGCUCUUAAAAGCUGGCGGGGUAGAGCAAGGCUCAGAGUCAGCAGCUUACAGUGUACCAGUUCCAUUGGCACAAUAUGUUAAAGUUGACCAUAAAAGGUCAAUUAAGCCACCUAAAGACAAGGAGAAAAAAAAGAAAAAGAAAUCUAGUCUCCUCAAGUCAGCAUCACCUAGCCACUCACUCUCCUCUCUCUCUUCUUUAUCACCUGAUGAUGAUGAGGAGGAGGAAGAUCACUACAAUCCACCACCUCCUCCUCCUCCUAAAAAAGAGAAAGAUCCAUCACAUAAAAAAGAAAGUUCUGCUUCAAGUAUGUCACGUCAUGACUUUGUCAAAUCACCUUUAUCAACCUCUUCACACAAGGAUAAAAGUAAGCAUCGAAGCAGCUCUUCCCUUAAAGAAAAACCUAGUACUGAUUCAGAAAGUGUUCGAAAGCCUCACAAACACAGAAGUAAAGACAAGGAGGGGGGUAAAUCAUCUCAUAAGGAGAAAGAUGGUUCUAAAAAAGAAAGAGAUUUGAGUUCCUCUAGACCUAAAGAAUCAUCAGAAUCUCGGAAAGAUAGAGAAGGCUCACAUUCUUCUACAAAGAGCUCUGCAUCUUCUUCCCUAAGUGAUAAAAAAAAUUAUCUUCUCCAAAUGUCUGGUAAAGAUAAGGAACAAAGUUCUCACAGCAAAGAAAGGGACCGAGAUAGCUCUUCACACAAAGAAAAACAUAGCUCUUCUGGCAAGGAAAAAGAGAGGAGUUCAUCUCAUAAGCAGAAACACACUUCGCACAAAGACAUUUCUAAUGUAGCAUCUUCAGAGCCUAAAAAGACAGGUGAGAGCAGUAAAACAAAGGUGCCAAAAGAAAAUAAUGUUCUUGACAAAAAGAGUCAAAAAAGACAUCAGGAAUCUCCACAAGUUGAUAUCACAGAGAAUAAGAAACUCAAAAGAAGCUUGUCAGUUGCCAGCAAUGAAGAGAAGCCACCCAAGCCCAAGUCAGAGUCAAAGAAAGAAAAAGGUAGUGCUUCUAAAGAAAGUAGAGAUAAAGAGUCUCACAAAGACAAGAAAGAUACUGAAUCAAAGAGCUCAUCAAGCAAAAGCAAACAUGAAAAGAGCAAACACUCUGACAAACAUAAACAAUCUCAAUCUUCAGAGUCUAAAAAUAGAGAAAGUUCUGAAAAAGAUUCUUCAUCUAAGCAGACUAAAUCUAGAAGUGAAAAACCAACAAAAUCUGAUAGCAUGACUAAGUCAGAGCGCCUAGCAAUGACUGCAGAUUUUCAGCCAAAAUUACUGUUGUCUCCUCUUCAAAACAGAUCCAGUGAUGAUGAAAGCCAUGAGCCUGCUACCCAUCCAGAACAAAAGAAAAUGAAAGUAUCCAAGAGUAGCUCUAGCAUCAGCAGUUUGUCUUCAUCUCAUGAAAUGGACAAAUCAGAUGAUGAAAUGGUUGAAGACCAAGAGGAAAAAGCCAAGGACAUUGUUUCUGGUCUUACAGACAGUGACAGUGAGUCAGAUGAAGACACCCCAACUUUGAAAUCUCAGCAGAAAAUGUUAAAAACUUUAUCAACAAAGUCGACUAGUCUUGUUCCAGACAAUAGUAAACCAUUACCCUCAAAAUCAGUCGCUGCUGUUGUGGCCCAUGAAAAGAGUAAAAAAGGUGAGCCAGAAAGUGUUCGUGAAGAUGGUCAUAAGAGACAUCAUAAACAUAGUAAACAACACAGAUCAGGCAAGAAAGAGGAGGAUAAAAAGUACAAGGAAAAGCUGAAUGAGCCAAAAAAUGGGCAGAUGGAAACUCAUGACAUAGAUGAAAAACCAGAGGGUAAAAAAGAUGACCAGAGUCUUGAUAUACUAGCACCCAACGGCAUACCUAUAGGAGAACUCAUAUCAAUAAAUGAGAAAAUAGAAAAAGCUCAGACGGAGUCUAACCAAGACCUUAUUGAUAAAGUUGUAGAGAUAAUCGGAAACACUGAUGAGUUUGAUAUUGAUGAAACUGCCUUAAAAUUUGAUAUCUGUAGUGUUGAAAAAGCUGUUGUACUUCAGAUACAGCUUGUUUUAAGGGGAUAUUAAUAAUAUGUGUUGUGAAAAGGUUGUUUUUAUCUUUGUGUGUCAACUGCCAUAUUUAACCCCUUACUAUGUCUUUCAUUAAAUAUUGUCAGUUGUCUGUACCUGUUAGUGAUAUAAAAUAUAUAGAUAUAUUAACAGUUUUGG